CAGUGAUCGACUGUAGAUUGUUGAACCCCCUUUCCCCAAUUCUUCUCCCUCUUGCAAAAUUCAAUUAAUCGAUCAACAGAUUAUGCGACGAAUUAUAGCAUAAUCUCCGAAUCUAUGUGAUUUACAUGUUUUGCAUAAAGCGCGCAGUGAUCAAGGGUGAACAAUUACUAUUUGGUUGCUGAUUUGGUCGGACGGGAGCUCCGAUGGCAGCCACGACAAUGGCGACGGCGGUGGGGGCGGUGGUGCUGCUGUACUACGUGGUGAGCCGGCGGAUUUCGGCGGCAGCUGAAGGGGAGGAUUCAGCCGGUGGCGAUUGCUCGAAAUCGAAGAGCAGAUCGGUGAAGAAACGGCUGUCGCGGAGGCCUGCUCAAGCGCCGGCGACUUGGCUGGAGACGAUUUAUACGAUGUCGGAGACGUUGAGGUUUACGUACGCCGAGACGUUGGGGAAAUGGCCGAUCGCUGACUUGGCUUUCGGGAUUAAUUAUCUCAUUCGGAGGCAGGGUAAUUUGCAGGUUGCAAGUGUGUAUGCGGGCGAAAAGGCUGUGCGGCUGAAGGGGGUUGAUAUCAUUGAUCAGUUGUAUUAUUACUUAAGAUUGCUAACCCUUUGUAUGUUUUUCUCGAAGAAGCCAUUUCCGGUGUUUUUAGAAACUGCUGGAUUCACUGAAGCGAAUGUCCUUCUUCAGAAGCCCAAAGCAGGGAUUCUGAAACCGGCCUUCACAAUUUUACGUGAUGAAAACUCAAAGUGCUUCCUUCUCUUGAUCCGUGGCACUCACAGCAUUAAAGAUACAUUGACUGCAGCAACAGGUGCAGUGGUCCCUUUUCACCAUUCAGUUUUGGAUGAUGGUGGUGUCAGUAAUCUGGUUUUGGGAUAUGCACAUUGUGGAAUGGUUGCUGCUGCUCGAUGGAUAGCAAAGCUGAGUACUCCUACUUUACUCAAGGCUGUUGAACAAAAUCCUGACUAUGAGAUCAAGAUUGUUGGUCAUUCACUUGGUGGUGGUACAGCUGCUUUGUUAACGUACAUUCUCCGGGAACAAAAAGAAUUUUCAGCAGCUACUUGUUUUACUUUUGCCCCAGCUGCCUGCAUGACGUGGGAGCUAGCAGAGUCAGGAAAACACUUUAUUACCACAAUAGUAAAUGGUUCUGAUCUGGUGCCCACAUUUUCAGCCGCGUCUGUUGAUGAUCUUCGUUCAGAGGUGACUGCUUCGUCUUGGAUAAAUGAUCUUCGAGAUCAAGUUGAGCGCAACAGAGUUCUGAAUGUCAUCUAUCGGUCUGCCACUGCUCUUGGGUCUCGACUACCUUCAAUGUCGAAUGCCAGAGCAAGAGUUGUUGGUGCUGGUGCUCUUCUACGACCAGUCUCAAGUGGCACUAAGGUUGUGAUGAAGCGUGCACAAGUAGUAGCCGAAGCAGUUGUUAAGACCCGUUCUUCAAUAUCACUAUGGGCGUGUAUGGGACCCAGGCGACGUGCUGUCUCUUCUCACUCAGAUGCUAAAGCGGAUGAUCUUCCUGAGGCUCCUCUUAUAACUGAGACGACAUCCGAAACAGUUAUAACUGAAGUAAUAAUAAGCAGCACUGACACGAACAAGGUGGAAUACUGUUCCUCUAGUGACAAUGGGACCACUGGGCACGAUGAGACCGAUGAAGAGGAGGAGAAAGUUGUUGAUGCAUCUACAAUUGAGGAGAUCUCGGAAGGUGAAUUGUGGUAUGAGCUGGAGAGAGAGCUUCAGAGGAAGGAGAGCGAGGUACAUGCCGAGAUACAGGAAGAGGAAGAAGAGGAGGAGGCUGUGGCAGAGGAGAUAACCGAAGAGGAGAAGGCAUUCUCCAAUGAAGUCGAAAGCCAUGCAGCCAUUUCACCUUCUGAUGUCUCUGACAACAUCCAUUUCUACCCUCCCGGGCGGGUCAUGCACAUCAUCUGUACGCCCUCCACGGGGCCGAGCAGUGAAGAGCAUGACGUUGAGGCUGAGGAGAAAGUCGGGUUGUACGAGACGCAGAGAGAAUUGUACAGUAAGCUCCGAUUGUCGAAGACUAUGAUAAAUGAUCAUUAUAUGCCUAUGUACAAGAAAAUGAUGGAACUGUUGAUUAAACAGCUAGAAGAGGAGUUAGAUUAUGAUCAUGUUUCAUGAAUAGUUGAAAAAUGGAGUAAGGUUAUAUUGAUUAAUUGGGUAUAUAAAAUGUCAUACAUUCCAAUUUUCCAGCUUAUAUUCCCCAGAUGAGAGUGAACAUGUAGCCCUUAUUCAACAUUGAAAAUCAAUAGGAGUAUUCAAUAUUUUUCUGUA